AACCUCGCACGCCAUGGGCUGCGGGAAGAGCAAGGCGGUGCGGGUGGCCGAACAACCUGAGCUGCAGGCCGGAGGCCAGAGCGGCCAGGGCUGCGGUUCUUCAGCUCAGCAUCAUCUCCCUUGCCAAACUUUACCAAAAAACCCAGCCACUGGUGUGAGUGGCCCCUCAGGAUCCACCAGCACCACCUUCAUAGACCCCAGAGCACAGCUGCAGGCCUAUAUAGACAGCCACCCUGUGGUCAUCUUCAGUAAGUCUACAUGCAAAUACUGCACUGAGGCGAAGUUUACCAUCUCUACUUUUCUCAAUAAGGAUACUCUAGAAACUGGCACUUCUGCUAUUCAAAUACAGAUCUUUAAUGUUGUCCUGUGGAACAAUGCUAACGUUUAA